AUGGAGUUUCUCGAGAGAACUUCCCUUGUGAAUGACCAAGCUACUAAGAUGUACACCUUCCCUCUAAACAGCAGAGAACUUCCACAGAAACCUGUGAAUAAAGAUCGGUGUCCUGGAGACAGGCCAGAGCAGCCAGAGGCGGAAGGCAUCUAUCACUGCCACAGCAACGCCAAGGCCACAGAGAACGGGUUGAGCAAGCAAGUGCAUGCCAAGAGGAGACUCUGGGCUGCUUCAGCAAUAUGCUUCAUCUUCAUGGUGGCAGAGGUGGUCGGUGGACACGUUGCUGGGAGCCUUGCUGUCAUCACCGAUGCCGCCCAUCUCUUAAUUGACCUGACCAGUUUUCUGCUCAGCCUCUUUUCUUUGUGGUUGUCCUCACGGCCUCCCUCCAAGCGGCUGACCUUUGGGUGGUACCGAGCAGAGAUCCUUGGGGCCCUGCUGUCUGUCCUCUGCAUCUGGUUGGUGACUGGCAUCCUGGUAUACCUUGCCUGUGAGCGCCUACUGUAUCCUGACUACCAGAUCCAAGCAAGCAUCAUGAUCAUCGUUUCAGGCUGUGCCGUGGCGGCCAACAUUGUACUAACUGCAAUUUUGCACCAACGGCACUUUGGCCACAACCACAAGGAUGCACAAGCUAAUGCCAGUGUCAGGGCAGCCUUUGUGCAUGCCCUUGGGGAUGUAUUUCAGAGCAUCAGUGUGCUAAUUAGUGCUCUCAUUAUCUACUUCAAGCCAGACUACAAAAUUGCAGAUCCAGUGUGUACAUUUAUCUUUUCCAUCCUGGUUUUGGUCAGUACCAUCAUGAUCUUAAAAGACUUCUCCAUCUUACUCCUGGAAGGUGUUCCAAAGGGCCUGAGCUACAGCAGCGUGAAAGAGCUUGUCCUCGCAGUUGAUGGCGUGGUGUCUUUGCACAAUCUGCACAUCUGGUCGCUGACAGUGAACCAAGUGAUUAUCUCUGUUCAUGUUGUUACAGCCUCCAGCCAAGACAGCCAGUCCCUGCAGACAAGGAUUGCUUGUGCCCUCCACAGUAGCUUUGAUCUGCACUCCCUCACCAUUCAGAUAGAAUCUGCAGCAGCCCAGGACCCCAGCUGCCUUUUCUGUGUAGAGCCACAGGACUAGCUGGGUCAUACUGCCAGCUUCCUGUGCUUCACAGGCUGUGACAAGCUGCUGCAAAGUCUCUGUAACACACAAUUAAGCACCCGAUGGAACAGAUAUGAGCAAGUCAUGACAGUGUAACGUGCUCAUUCUUCCUUUUUAUUUAUCUCCAUCUACCAUGAAUGAAGACUCAUGAGAUCCAUCAGUUUCUUGGAUUCUUUCAUAAUCAGUAGUUGUGUCCAAUUAUAGGAAUACAUGUAUAGAUUACUCCUAACCAGGAGGCUGAAAUAGCAGAUGCUUGCAACCACAGAUAAUAAAUGAUUCGCUUCCCUGCAAUAAUGGGUAUAGCUGAAUUCAGGAAUGCCUUUCCUGGAGUCCUCAGCAUGAGAAACAAAUAUUUGAAGAGAAUCUUGAGGCAUUAGAACUCGACUCUUCCCCCAUCCCCAGUGAGACAUACAUUAUUUGUGAAAUGGUGGAAUUCCCACUUUUAAUAUUGCAUGUAAAUUACGGUGUGGUGUGUGUAAGCUAUUGAAUUAUAUUUUACAUGACUACAGUGCUCUAUGUUAAGCUACUGAAUUAUGUUUUAGUUCUUGGUGCAAAGGUUAUGGGAGAAGGAAAAAAUUCUGAAAUGGCUAACUUUUGAAUGCUUUCAUAAAUUGUAAAUUAAUAAUGCAUGAGGAGUCAUGGAACAGGCUGUUUCUUAUCCAGGUCUCAUGGAAAGAAAUUCAAAGGAUUAAGAUGAAUGUCAAAUAUUGCACAAUAUUUAUGGAUCACUGUUGUUCAAUAGCUGUACUGCAUUUUCUAAUGGCAUAAUUUUUAGAAUUUCAUCUUAAUACUUAAUAAUAGUAUCUAUUAUCAUGUAGAUAAAAUAAAAAAUCAAAGAAGAUAAAGUAAUUUAAAAAUCUUAUUUGUUCACUCAUUCAAAGAUAUUAUUUGAUGCCAGACUUGGAAUGAGGACUGGGGAAUAGCUUUAUUUUUUAUUUCUGUAACUAAAUUGCACUAGGUAAUUACAAAGGAAAGAAAUUUUAUGUGACUCAUGGGUCUAUAGACUGGGAAGCGACACAUGAGUGGUGACUUUUCGGGGUGGUAAUGGAAAUUGCAGAGUCCUUAGAAAAGGCAGGGCAUCACAGGAUCUGAGGACUGAGCAUCCAGGGUUACUUCUUGGCUCCUCUUCACUUAAAGCCACAGUCGCACUGAAUUAGGACCCCAUCUUUGUGUUCUCAUUGCGUAUUAUUUCCCAAGGGUGCCACCUCCUGCCAAACCAUAGUUAGACUAGGAUUCUAGCCUCUUAUGUGCCCACCAGGGGCAUUAACUUUCAGUGUUAGUUUUAGUGGGGUUGUUCAUACCGUGGUCAGUGAAUGAAGCUGAUAUCAUGCUUGCCCUCAUGGAGCUCUUUAUGUUUUCUAUUGAGGUAGAAACAGACUCUGCACUGAUGAAGAUAGCUGAGAAAUGCUAGAGGAACUAGCCAGUGAUGCGAAGGAAAAGAGACUGUGAGAUUGAGGCAGCUGAAUGAAGAAUGUCUCAGAGAAAACGGCAUCUAAACUGAGAAGAAAAACUAUGUGCUAGCUAGGUGAGAUGUAGGAUAGGAGGAGCCACCUUCCAAAAGAAUCAAGUCAGGGAGUGAGCACCCUGAAGAACUUGUACGUUUGAGAAACUGAGGAGGGCCCUUGGUGCCAAUGCUGCACCAAACAGACGAAUUAAAGACUGUGAAAUAAAUGAAGCUAGAGGGAGAUGUUGACUCACAAUGCAAGAUCUACCCCAUGCUUAAGCUCACUUAUGCUUUCUCUUUGAAUAUAUUUUCAUGUGCUCUCCGUUCUCUCUCCCUCAGCCUCCCCUCUCUUAUUUUGACAAAAUAAUCUGAGCAGUUGGUCAUUGUUGCAGGAGGGCGCUUGUUUGUUCCCGGCUGCUCAGUCCCGAAAUAAUCACACAGAAACCAUAUUAUUUG